AUUUCCAAAGCUCUCUCUCUCUCUUCCUCACACGUACACAUUGCUCGAGCCAUGGCUCUCCCACGUGCCAUGCUCAUCAUGCUAACCAUCUCACUCACCUUCGUAACAUCCUCCAUUGCUCAAGUUCCUUCGUCGGCACCCACGACCUCCAUCGCCAUGCCACCGACCACCCCCACCGCUACUUCACCGAGCUCCGUUGGUACCCCGCCAAAAAGCAGUGCAGCUCCUCCAACCAGCACAGCUACCCCACCAACCAUUUCCACACCUCCCCCGGCUUCCACUCCGGUUUCAUCACCCCCACCGGCGUCGAGCCCAGCAAGCACACAGAGUCCAAGCCCAUCUACUACAAGCCCACAGAGUCCAAGCCCAUCUACUACAAGCCCACAGAGUCCAAGCCCAUCUACUACAAGCCCACCGUCUCCUGCGCCAGAAAUAUCAUCUUCAUCGCCUGAGUCUCCUCCUUCCCCAACACCAGUGCCGCCAUCACAGGCUCCGGCCAACGCGACACAGGACGAAGGCAGUACUGCUUUUGCUCAUGGAAGCAGCAUGGCCUUGCUAGCAUUGUUCGGAGGGAUUGCACUCCUUGCUUGAUUAGAUUCAUGUAGAUUGUGAUACUAUCUGUGUAUUCUUUUUUGUUUUUCUUUCCCAUAUAUUUUUUUUUUUUUUGCUGCUUUCUUUUUAUUUCUUGUGGAUGAUUCUUGGGAGCUGAUCCAUUUGUGAUUUCAUCAAGGGAGGGAGGAGAUUUACAGCUCUUUAAUUUGUAGCAUUUUGACUUAGCUGAAUAAGAGGGACUUUGUUUCUCC